CCUUCUGUGGGCAGAAUGCGGGUGCUCAUCCCCGUAGCAGGUCUCGCGCGCCUGAGCAGAGCCGGCAUGUGCCUGAUUGGGACGAUGCCCUGCGCUCCCGACCGGGGGUCGGACGAGGACCAACCAGGGAAGGGCGGCGGGGCGCGGGGCUGGAACCACCUCGCCGGCUGCGUCCGGCCCCUGUCCGCCCCCCCUCCCCGCCCCGACUGGGCCGCGGGGCGGAGCUCGGGUCGGUGCCGGGAGCAGGAGCCGGCAGCGGGAAGCGGCCUCCGCCCGGGCCGCACGGGGCGAGGCGAGGCAAGGCGGGGCGGGGCCGCGCGCGACGGGAAGGGGAGGCCGCGCGAAGCCGGACCCGCGCCGCGCCAGCCCGGCUGCAGCCGCCGCGCACCGAGCGCCGCGAUGGGGCUGGAGACCGAGAAGGCGGACGUGCAUCUCUUCCUGGACGACGAAUCCUACAGCCGCCAUAGCGGCGUCGACUACGCCGACCCCGAGAAGUUUGCGGACGCGGGCCUCGACCGGGAUCCCCAUCGGCUCAACUCGCAUCUCAAGGUGGGCUUCGAGGAUGUGAUCGCAGAGCCGGUGUCUACGCACUCCUUUGACAAAGUGUGGAUCUGCAGCCAUGCGCUCUUUGAAAUCAGCAAAUACGUGAUUUACAAGUUCCUGACGGUGUUCCUUGCUAUCCCCCUGGCCUUCGUUGCGGGAAUUCUCUUUGCCACCCUCAGCUGUCUGCAUAUCUGGAUUAUAAUGCCUUUUGUAAAGACCUGCCUAAUGCUCCUGCCUUCAGUGCAGACAAUCUGGAAGAGUGUGACCGAUGUCGUCAUUGCCCCAUUGUGUACAAGCGCGGGACGCAGCUUCUCUUCUGUCAGCUUACAACUGAGCCACGACUGAACACUCGGACCCCAGGUCUGGAGAUUUAGAUACUGUAAUACUUCUUUGUUGUUUUAACAUAAAAGCACUACUGUACUGUUCAUCCCCCAACUGUUCCAAUUAAGAAAACUAUUAAGAUGGGCAACCACGCUUAGAAAUGUUUAUUGGCAGAUCUUUUCAAAUAAUGUUUUUCUAAAUAAUAGCCAAGAUUUCAUAUCUAGCUUUAUAACCAGAAUUAUACAGUAGGUUGGCAACACUUAAUUUUAAAGGCAGGCAGUUUUUGCUUUAGUACAAAAGUAUACAUAUUAUUAUGAUGAAUUUUUAAUGAUCAAAGGACAACUGCUCACAAAAAUAUGGGAUUUCUUAUUUUUCUACUCCGGAAGUAAUACUUUUAAAAUUACCUUUGCAGAUAAAGUCUUGGGAAUACUUAGAGAUAAGAUAUACAGGUAUCCUAGAAAUUGCAGUAACGAAAGUAUACAGUGGUAAUAGGGGCUAUCAAAUAUAAAAAACAAAUAAAUGUGAAAAUAGGUUCAUGAAAAUGUGUUCCUUUAAAGAAGGUAUUGUUAACCUACAGACCUAUUUAACAAGAUGUUUCAUUUUACUGUAUAUUUUGUACUUAUUGUAAAUGUUGCUCUAAUCAGAUUGCUUUCGAGCACUUUUAUUAUAUUUGUUAUCUUGUUGAACUAAUAUAUAGAAUGAAAAAAUGUAUGUCCCAUGAAGAAUGUCAUUGUUGAGAUUACACUGUCUUGAUUAUGUAAGCAUAUAUAUCUUUUUGGGGAAUAGAAUGUAAAAGAAUGAUAUGCAAGGCUUUUCUUUCUAACUUUUUCAAUCAAAAUCCUGAAGUGUUUUAUGGCUGUUGUUUAUCUGGCUGUGAUCUUAAAAUGAUCUAGAUUUAUUUGGUAUUUCAUCUGGAAGAUGCUUUCUCUCUUGUAGUUAGAAAUUAACCUGUAUUCUGCAGUCCUAUUACUGUUUCACUUUACCUUCAAGUAAUACUGGUGCUAUUUAAUAACAUUUUAUAAUAAAAGCUAUUUCUGACACUUAAGUAUGAUUUCAACUACAGUGCUUAAUGGAGAGAAACUUACAGAAAAGUUGUCAACUUGUUGGAUCCAUGCUACUGAGUUGUCUAAUACGGGUUUUGUUACAGAGUAUAAAAUUAUUCUUAUCAUGUUUGAACUGUAGAGUCCUACGUCAAUGUUAUGAAUCACUGUUUUUUAAAAAAUCUCAUUAUUCCAAAAUGAUAGGCAUGUGCAAGAGAUGUCUGUGAUGUCAGUGGUUGCUAUUAUUUACACAUUUUAAAAAGUGUAUAAAUGCUCAAAUUUCAGAAUUACUAUGAAUUAAAAUUCCUUUGAAUAUCUUCAUAGGUGACAAAUCUUAUUUUUCCAAGUUGCCAGGACUGGUGAUUAUAAAGGAUGAUUAAACUGGAAUACUGUUGGGGACUAAAACAAACGAAUGAUUAAAUUAUGAAACUCAUAGCCUUUUGAAGGUACCUAUAAAAGAGACUUUUCAAAACUGCCUUAGGCCGUUGUAACAUCCUUGGAAAAGACUCAGGAUCACUUCCGGAAAGCACUGCCACUCAUUUGACUGGACAGAUUUUAUUACAUUAGUUAAAAAGGUCAAUCGGUCUCAUGACUUUAUAGUUAGACCUUGUAUUUAAAGUGUCUUAAAAAAAUAUCUGGAUGAGUUGAUCGGCCAAAAGUAUUUGAUUAAUAAAAUAUCUAUUUAAAUAAAUCAUGAGCUUCCAUCUUUUCAAAUAGCUAUUGGGAAGUUUUAAAGCCAAAAUAUAUACACAUAGUCAUAUAACAAAACCUAUUAACUUUUAACAAGUGAUACGUAUGAUCUGCUUAUUUCUGAAUAGCAUUGAUUACUUUCAAAAUGAAUUUUAAUUAAGAUUUGCCAUUAACCCCUUUAUUUAGAAGACUGAAAUUUAGUACGAGGUGGAUCUAGGUUGCAUGUGCACAUAUGUUGGUUCUUUGUUUGGGGCUGGGGGAGAUGUAGAUGAUGAGACUUUCCCAGUAUCCAUAAUAAACUUUCUGAAAACCCAUA